GCAGAACAAUGAAAAGAUGGACACUAUCCUCCGUAAAUAGAAAUCUAGAAUAUCGAAUGGCGUGAAUAAAAGGAAAGAGUAAUACAAAGCGGGAGCCACGUGGCAAAGAAUAUCAUUAGGUUCACACGCAUCUCUCUCUCUCUAUUCCCAAUAAAACAACAAUAACAUCGUCAAACCCUAUCUCUCUUCUCUCUCUCUGGGGAUCUUGAAUCACAGUCUUUCUCUCUUCCCUAAUUCUCCAAACCCUAAUCCCUCUUUCAUCCAAAUUCACAUGAAAUUCUGGCCCCUAAUUCUCUCCAGGGUUUCACAGCACCCAAGCUCCAUUUGAUGAUUUGUUUACUGUUCCCCCUCAAACCCUAGCGACGAAAUUAUUUGGGGGCUUCUUCCUCACUUCGUAUUAUUGUUGCGUCAACAUAUUCUUUAAUCGGGCCAUGGAGGGCUCUGUGGCGAAGGAUCUCGGCGGAGCCCCCGAGUCAUGGGAGGUCGCCGAUUUGGAGGAGUCCAUGACCCGCUUGAUUCUCUCCUCCAAGAAGGACUCGUCCAGACCCACCCAUGGGACUGCCGAUGAUACUGAUGCCUCAUCUACUUCUUGUUUUUCGUCUUCGAAUUCGUCUUCGGCGGUCUCUGGUUGCCCGGGUGAGAAAGUUUCGGAGGAUGUACUCAAUCAGGUUGAUCAAUUUCUUCGCGAAGCAUUACAAAACCCUCGGGAGCGCCUGUCAAUUUUAAGGAUGGAGCAAGAUGUGGAGAAGUUUAUACGUGAUCCUACUCAGCAGCAACUAGAGUUUCAGCAGCUGCCUACUUCUUACUUACGGUUGGCUGCACACCGUGUGGCACAACAUUAUUCACUUCAGUCAAUGGUUUUGUUAGAUAAUAGCUCACCUGAUGGCUCUGGUUCCAGAAUUAUUGUUCGUAAAACAACCGAGUGUCGAGUUCCUAUAAUUCGCCUUGCUGACAUUCCUGUAAAUUUGCCAUCAGAAGAUUCAAGCAUUGUUAAGGUUGCAAUUAAGCAGAGGCCGCAGAAGGGGUCACAGAAUGGAAAUUUCGGGAAUUCAAACUCGUUAAAGUCAAACAGUGCUAAAAGUGUUGAGGAGAGGAAAGAGGAGUAUAACAGGGCUCGUGCUAGAAUAUUUUCUAGUGGUGAUCCAAGCGGUGGUGCAAGUGGGAGAUUGGAUAAUGAACUAAGGCUGCAAGAUACUCCGCAACAUGGUAACUUUGGGAUUCCAAAGAUGGAAGAAAAACCUGGGCCGGUUUUUGCUGAUGCAAGUUCUGGGCCUCCUAGUAGAGUUCUGAUUGAUCCGUUGAUAACUAGUGGUAGAACAGCUAGAAAUAGAGCAGAGAAGGAACCAAUUGGUAGGUACAAACCAAAUAAUAGGGUAGCUAUAUUUCGGGACCGAGAAAUUGACCGCAAGGAUCCUGACUAUGACAGGAACUAUGAUAGGUAUGUGCAAAGGUUUGAUCCCGGGUUUGGGUUUAAUGGAGGAUCGUACACCAUACAGCCUAUGUACACCCCUGCAAUAAACUACAAUACGGAAUUUCCUCAACUUGGUUCUACUCAUGGACCACCUCAGAUUUCUGCAGAACCUCAGGCUCAUCCUCUUCCUCAACAUCUACCUGGGCCAUGGUCUCCUGCAUCAGCUCCUGGGGGAAUUGGCUACGCUCUGCCUGAAACCAUGAUUUCACCAUUUAAUCCUAAUCAUGUUGGUGCACACUCCACAUCUGGCAUGUAUCUGCAUACCUCCCAAUAUCCUUGUCAGCGUCCUGGAGUACCUUUUAUCCAUCCUCAUGAACAUGUUCAUCAACCUUUCUCACAGUCUCAUCAACAAUACGAUGCAUGUUUUGGAUUAGCCCGGCCCCGGUGAGGGGCAGGGCCCAUGCCUGCACCCUGCCAGCUGGAAGCUGAGCUUAAAGUACUUGCUGCUGGGGGGGUUCCCAUUUCCCAACUGGCGGGAGUGCAGGCAUAGAGAACCGAGGUGGACUGGAGUGGAUUGGAUUUGUUAAUGAGAUGGAAACAUGCAAUAGUCCACUCCACCAUUCUCGGUUUUGAAGGAAGCUUCUGUCAUCCUUGAAGAAUGAUGAAGAAGUGCACUGGUUUUGGAUAAAUGAUGAAAGAAAGAGAAGAAUCUUUCCAGCGCGGGGAAGCAUGCUCCUCUCACCUAUGGUGAAGAGCCCCCAAGCCAUUUCUUUUUGGCGGUUGCUGGAAAACAUUCUUGGUGUUGGCGCGUCUUUAAUUCCAAUGAAAGCAUUCGACAGCCAACUUGCAAGACACUUGAUUGCUGUGUUGCUCUAGGAUAUGACCACUUGAUUGCUGAAAUUUAGAAGGGAAACCACAAUGCGUGUCUUAUGGCCUUUUCCACCCCAUAGAUUCUGUCAUAUCGUGUAUUAAUACUCCGUUUUAAAGAUUAAAAUAAUUGUUUUUCUUUAACAUAGAUAAUUUAUUAAAAUUUAAUUUUCCCAAUGUGUCGGUUAUUCUGAUUAGUUUGUGCUGUGUCGUUUAUAGUUUAUGUCAUCAUCAGUUGAAUUAAAGAGUAAUGCUAGAGACACUCAAAUUGCAUAAUAGAUAUGUAUUAAAUAUUAGUCAUAUAUUUAUUAUUAUGUAGAGAUUAAGUCA